AUCGGAUCUGAUAACAAUUGCGCGGAGAAACGUUCGUCAUAAUCAAUAAAUUUUCUAGUCUGUGAACAAGCGCUACUAAUAGGCGGGCGGUAGGUACCACCUGGCACCUGGCAGUGAAAGCCCUUUACUAAUGCUGUGUUACCAAUACAUACAUCUCCGCUCCAUUUCUUAGAACAUCAUAAAUCUAAUUUGUAAUCCUAACCUACAUUCAUUCACCAUUAUCCUCUUUCACCGCCCAUAUACAACCGUCGGAACGGCGAAAUUUGUGUUAUAAUAUUGCAAGUUCUGUUUAAGAACUCUCCGUCCUCGUUGCCCCUCGUUUUUUUCAAUUAGUGUUACCCCACAGAAAAAGAUAUCUCGUCAACUUCGCCGCCUUUCGAAUUCAUCAACGUGAUAAUCUUUUUUACCACAAUUCUCGACUUUGGAGGCGCAACGAGCGCACGACACCUCCACUAUGUCGCCCUCAUUCGUCACUAUUGACAAUACGUCAGAUUUCGAUGUAUUCCCGUCAAGCGUAACACAGAACGGCUCCUCCGAUGCCCGAACACUUCUUCUGGCCCCGCCUUCCAUCGCUAGCCACGAGGAGAAAUUACGAGGUGUCCUAGCUGCCCAUGAUCGAUCUGUUACCGACCUGCAGAUGCUUGACCGCCUCUCAGCCGGCCUUGUUACUCUACCCGAUGCUACCUACGAUCUCAUCCUAGUCUUGACCGAUGCCGACGGCACACGAUCCGAAUCCAUCCUCCUCCUCAACCGUGACGUUUUUGCCAAGAUCGUACCGACACUUAAAGUGGGUGGCAAGAUCCAAGCGCAGGAUGGAUCUCUAGCGCAGAACAGCCAAGCCCCUGAUGCGCGAGAGGCAUUACUCUCUGGAUUAAUGCCUGGGACUGACGGCUUCACAAAGCCUGAUGAUGGAGCUGCUACUGCCGUUCCCCUUAAGCUUGGAUUUGGUAAGAACAAGAAGAGAAGUGCUGCUGGUCCUGCUACGAAGCAAGUCACCAUUCACCAAACCAACGGCAAGGAUACAAGCCUCAAAAUGGUGCCCCCCGCUGUCCAACCGGUACCUGCUGGUGUCGGUUUCGUGGAUUUCAGCAGCGACUUUGGCAUUCCCGAGGACGAGGAUGACGAUGAGUUGAUCGACGAAGAUACCUUGUUGACAGAGGAAGACUUGAACAGGCCAUUGGCAAUUCCUGCGGAAUGUGUACCCAAGGUUGGAAAGCGACGACGUGCUUGCAAGGACUGCACCUGUGGUCUUGCCCAGAGAAUCGAGGCCGAGGACAAAGCCAAGAGAGAGCAAGCAGACGCGAAGCUCGAAGCCCUCAAGCUCACCUCCAACGACCUGAACGAACUCGACUUCACCGUUAAGGGCAAGGUUGGAUCUUGCGGUAACUGUUCCCUAGGAGACGCCUUCCGCUGCGACGGAUGUCCGUACAUCGGAUUACCAGCCUUCAAGCCCGGGGAGGAGGUACGACUGCUCAAUAACGUUGUGCAGCUAUAAACAUGGGCACGGGGCAUCGGGCGUUUUAUUUUUCUUCGGUUCGGUCAACUUGGUCUUUGGGAACAUAUACCCGCCAAGCCACGUGGGGGGACACGGACUUGACAAAGCCAACCCCGUCGGAGCAUUCUGCAAGUUGGGGCGGCGGCGGCGGUGGGAAUUUGGCUCGCGUUACACGCAUGAGGAAACCGGCGUUUUACUAGGUAUCAAAAGCACUGGUGCGGAUUACACGAGAUGGUUCGGUAGAGCAAUCAUGGGAUAAUGCGGGUUCAUAGGGCUAGGGCUGUGAAUGAUAGGUCAUAUUAAAAUUGAUUUCUGACUA